AGUCACGUCCCAACGCGAUGACGUUUCCAUGCCGCGUCCUUAAGGGAGCUCUGCGCAUGCGUACCUUCCUCUUUUCCGGUGGUGAACAUGGCGGGGACAGAAGAGAAGAAGUUGCCCUCUGUUCCUGAAAGCCUUUUGAAAAGGCGAAAGCUUUUUGCAGCUCAAAAAGCUAAGCGAGUCAAGAAGAUAAUUGCUGAUAAAAAGGUGCGCAAAGAAAAAAGAAAGAUCAUCUACAAGAGAGCUGAAGGUUACUACAAGGAAUACAGGCAAUUGCAGAGGCGUGAAAUUCGCCUGGCCCGUAUGGCCCGCAAAGCUGGAAACUACUAUGUACCCGCCGAACCCAAAUUGGCCUUUGUGAUCAGAAUUAGAGGUAUUAAUGGUGUCAGCCCCAAGGUGCGCAAGGUAUUGCAACUCCUCCGCUUGCGCCAGAUCUUCAAUGGCACAUUUGUGAAACUCAACAAGGCAUCUAUUAACAUGCUGAGGCUGGUGGAGCCCUACAUUGCUUGGGGUUAUCCCAACCUGAAGUCUGUGAAGGAGCUUAUCUACAAGCGUGGAUACCUGAAGGCCCACAAGCAACGUAUUCCUCUGACAGACAACACUCUCAUUGAAAAACGCCUUGGCAAAUGUGGCAUCAUUUGUGUGGAAGACCUGAUCCAUGAGAUCUACACGGUUGGCAAAAACUUCAAAAAGGCAAACAACUUCCUGUGGCCCUUCAAACUCUCUUCUCCCAGGGGUGGUAUGAAGAAGAAAACCAUACACUUUGUGGAAGGUGGUGAUGCUGGCAACAGGGAAGAUCAGAUUAACAGGCUUAUAAGGAGAAUGAACUAAAGGUUUUUAAAAGAAUACAGUUUUUUCUUCUGCAGUCUGUUAAUAAAUCCUGUUUCACACCUUG